GGGAACUUGGAGACUGAGAGAGACUUGGAGUCAAAAGACACUCAUUCACUCCGGCUAUGCCCAUUAGUACCCCAACCACCAACAGAAUCAUGCCUGAAGCCAAGAAAGCAGGAAGAAAAGGAACAAAAGCAAAUGGGAAAACUGCAGAAAAGUCACCACCAUAUGAGCCCAACAUCCCUGAGCCCAAUACGAGAGCUGAGCUGAUGAAAUACUGGAUGAAUCUCUCCCUGGAUGACAGAACUGCUCAGAAACUGUUGUGGCUCUCAGAAGAAGGGGCCAAGGUGUCACGUAUGACAGAAGAAGUGUGCCCAGUUCUGGACAGACCUGAGAGAUAUGAGCAUUCACCACAGGUGCUGUGUAAGGAGGGUCUUUUGGGCAAUCGUGGGUACUGGGAAGUGGACUACGAGGGCUGGGUGGUGAUCGGGGCAGCGUGUGAAAGUGCAGGACGGAAAUCAAAGGAUGGCCCAUGUGGCCUAGGUGAGAAUGACCUGUCAUGGGGUGUGGGCUGGGCUGGCUCCUGCUACCAUGUCUGGUAUGACGGGGUAAACACUGAAGUCCAGGCUCCCCUCUGCCCCACUAUUGGGAUCUACAUAGACCAGCCAGCUGGCAUCAUCAAGUUUUUCCUAGUGGAGGAGGGAGAGAAUGGCUCCAAAGAAGUCAGACCGAUUCAUCGGUUUACAACCACCUUCAAUGAGAAGCUCUUUCCUGGUUUCUGGGUGGGCACGAAAUCCUACUUUUGGAUCCGAAAAAAGGACCAGGAAAUGGAUUAGGGUGACGUUAGGAAAAGAGGAGAGCUGUGCUAGAAACUUAAAGGAGAAAGAGUUAUUGAUAGAGGACAAGAGAAAUGCCAAAUCUUGACAUAUCCAUGGGAAUAAUUUAAGUAACAGAAACUUUUUGAUUAUUUGUAGAACUCAUGUUCUCUACAACAAAAGUUAUCCUGUAUUUUAAUUAACUACAACAGCGUAGAUAUACAAAAGAAAUCUUAAAUGGACUCUAAAUGGACCCUUAAAUUCUAAAUGAAUGCUCUAAAAUAUCAGUGUAGUUCAUUGUCAGCCCUUUCUGAAUUCACAGCUGUUACAAAUAACUGGGUUGGCCAAAAAAUGUCUAUACUCAAAAUAUAUUAGGUUAGUAUUUUUAAUCAGAGUUUUUAUUUGUGUAGCAUUAAUCUUUGUACUACUGAUUUUGAAUAGUGAUUUUAUUUCUAGGGUCUGAAUAAUUUUGUAUUCCAUAUGAUGUCAAAUGUAGUAAAUACCUGUCUGUGAUCAAAUAAACUAG